AAAGUGUAACAAAGCACAUUAUUUGGUUUCCCAAAGAAAGUUUCUCUCUCAAUGUUCAGCAGAGUAUUAAGGCACCUCUUCGGUGCAUAUGCAGCCCUCCCUUUUCUAGUGAUCCUAUCCUCCUACCAUAGUUGCAGUGCUAGAAUGAACACCAGCAAUUACUGCGCUCCUUCUUCUUGUGGCAAUAUCCAUAAUAUUAGCUACCCUUUUCGACUAAAUACCGAUCCCCAGAGCUGUGGCAACAAACUUUUUGAACUUGCUUGUGAAAACAACGUACGUCCAACUUUAUACUUGUACAUGGAAAAGUAUUAUGUCCAGGCAAUCAAUUACAAUAACUUUACAAUUCGACUUGUGGAUGCUGCUGUUCAGAAGGAUGAUUGCUUCUCCAUCCCUCAUCAAUCUAUUACAGAAUAUCCAUUGGCCUCUGCGGACGGCUAUUAUUUUUAUGAGAUAUAUAGGGCAAAAGGUUAUGUGUUAACUUUUUUAUGUUGCAAAAAUCAAAUGCUGAAUCCUCCAGAUUAUAUAAUGGAUACCUCUUCUUGCAAAAAUGGUAGUGGUACUGCAUAUAAUUCUUCUUCGUCUAGCAGUAUUUCUUCUCCCAGCUGUGUCGAUAUGGAAGGUUAUUCCUAUGUCAUGGUUGAUGGGCAGAUCCAGGAUGUACCUGACUUGUGCAGUAUAAAUUUGAUUUAUUAUGUGUCAAAAAAUAUGAGAAAUAAGUCGUAUACAGAUGUCCAUGAUAUUUUGGUAUAUGGGUUCGAGCUUUCAUGGUUCGAUUUCUGUUGUGAUUAUGGCAAAGAGAACCGCUGCAACCUUGAUGAAGCCACCAUGAAGAAACACUAUUGCUUUUACAAAGAACCAUAUCGGCAUUUUACCAGAGGGAAGCUGGUACACCUUUUUGUUGAAGGUAUCGACCGGAUAAUUUGUCGAAGUAAUGGGGAUUAUUGUCAAUACCGGAUUACCACCCCUUCAAUUGUACUAAGCUUUCUCAUAUUCUUUCCUACUGUGACACUUGCCCUUAUUGUGACAUAUCAUGUGUUCCUGCUCCCAUGCGGGCUUCCAUGUCUUCUAACUUUACUGAUCUAUAAAUGGCGAAGACGACAUUUAUCAAUGUACGACGACAUUGAAAAAUUCUUGCAAAGUCAUGAUAAUGAUCUCAUGCCGAUAAGGUACACUUACUCAGAGAUUAAGAAGAUAACUAACGGAUUUAAAGACAAGUUGGGUGAAGGAGGCUUUGGCUCAGUGUAUAAGGGAAAGCUUCGUAGUGGUCGUUUUGCAGCAAUUAAAAUAUUGGGCAAGUCAAAAGCUAAUGGACAAGAUUUUAUCAACGAAGUUGCCACAAUUGGAAGAAUUCACCAUGUCAAUGUCGUGCAACUUAUAGGCUUCACUGUCGAGGGAUCGAAGCGUGCUCUUAUAUAUGAGUUCAUGCCUAAUGGGUCUCUUGAAAAGUAUAUUUUUUAUAGGGAAGGUAGCGUCCCACUAAGCAAUGAGAAAAUGUAUGAGAUUUCUCUUGGGGUGGCUCGUGGCAUUGAAUAUCUACAUCAAGGUUGUGAUAUGCAAAUUUUGCAUUUUGAUAUCAAGCCGCACAACAUUUUGCUUGACGAAAAAUUUGUUCCAAAAAUAUCAGAUUUUGGACUAGCAAAAUUAUACCCAACAUCUAAUAACACUGUGCCCCUCACUGCUGCUAGAGGAACGAUAGGAUACAUGGCUCCUGAACUAUUUUAUAAAAAUAUUGGAGGUGUCUCUUACAAAGCUGAUGUCUAUAGUUACGGGAUGUUAUUGAUGGAAAUGAUAGGAAAAAGAAAGAACUUGAAUGCAUUCGCAAAUCAUUCAAGCCAAAUUUAUUUCCCAUCAUGGGUUUAUGACCAAGUUAGUGAAGGAAAGGAUAUAGAAGUACAGGAAGAUGCCAUGGAACAUGAAAAGAAAACAACGAAAAAGAUGAUUAUUGUGGCAUUGUGGUGCAUACAGUUGAAGCCUGUUGAUCGUCCCUCAAUGCAUAAAGUUAUAGAGAUGCUUGAAUCGGAUGUUGAAUCCCUACAAAUGCCUCCUAAGCCUUUUUUCACCCCACAUCAGAUGCCAGAAGAAGAUGAUAGAGCUAAUCAUGCAAAGUUAUCGGAUCCACCAAAUAAUUGUACUGACUCUUCAUAUCAGUUUGGUCGUUAAUGAUGAGAUGAUGAAGAUAAUAUAGUUUAAUAGUUAUUAAUUUUUAUAAUGUAUUAACUAUUUAAGCUUUAAGUAUCUAAAUUUUAUUGA